ACAGCCAAUAUAUUGUCCUUCGUAGGAGGACAGGGCGUUAAGAGGCGAUUUUUUUGCGUGUCUUUGGAAUACACGAGGGGUACUACUAUUUGUUUAAACUGGAUUAUAUGCUCUUGUUUAUUUUCUUCAACUGAGGACGCAUAAUUCGUCAAGAUCUGUUGUUUCUAACAUGGCACCCCGAGGACAACUCUACCCUAGAAGUGUAAGAUGGCGAUUGUCUUGUAUAUUAGGAUGGAAAGUAGGCUUUCUCGUUUUGCUUACUUUUAUGGGUGAUCGAGUGGCUGGCCAGAUUCGUUAUUCUAUUCCAGAGGAGAUGAAAAAAGGCUCUGUUAUUGGCAAUGUAGCACAAGACCUCGGUCUGGAUCUAAAACGGCUUCGUUCUGGCCGUGCCCGUAUCGUGAGUGGAGAAAACAUCCAGUACACCGAGCUGAAGACAGACAAAGGGAUUCUAGUCGUGAAUGAGAGAAUAGACCGAGAGCAACUUUGUGGAGACGUGACACCGUGCAGCCUCAGCUUUGAAAUAAUUUUAGAAAAUCCAAUCGAACUUCAUCGUGUCACUGUCGAAAUUUUAGACAUAAAUGAUAAUGCCCCUUUCUUUCCAAAUAAAGACAUCAUGUUUGAAAUGAGUGAAUCUGCUACAAUCGGAGCUAAAUUUCCAGUCGAAAGCGCAGUUGAUCCUGACGUUGGAUCAAACGCAUUACAAAAUUACAUUAUAUCUCCGAAUAAUUAUUUUAUUCUCAAACAGCAUGCAAAUCCAGACGGUAGUAAAUACGCUGAGUUGGUGCUUCAGAAGCCAUUAGACCGAGAGGAACACCCAGUUCUGUCUCUGAAAGUAAUAGCUGUCGACGGUGGAAACCCACAGAGAUCUGGCACGGUGGAUAUAAAUGUGUCUGUUUUAGAUGUAAACGAUAAUGCUCCGGUAUUCAACCAGUCAGUUUACAGGGCCGCCGUCGUGGAAAAUGCGCCAAAAGGGACUUACAUUACAACGGUUAACGCUACUGAUGCAGACAUUGGCUCUAAUGGGGAAAUCAUAUUCAGUUUUUCUAAAAUAAAAGGCAUUACGGUCGAUGUGUUUAGUAUUGACGAAAACACGGGUGUCAUUUCAGUUUCCGGGCUUAUAGACUUUGAAAAGGAGAAGAAAUAUGAGCUCAGGCUAGAGGCAAGGGAUCGAGGAGGUUUGACCGGUACCAGUAAAGUUAUAAUUGAUGUAAGUGAUGUCAAUGACAAUUUACCUGUAAUUAAUAUCAUGUCAUUUUCUAAUACUGUAUCAGAAGAUGCUCAUCUUGGCACGACAAUAGCUGUUAUCAAUGUCAAAGACGCCGAUUCAGAGAAAAACGGACAGAUAAAAUGUACUAUAGACAAAACACUUCCCUUUAAAAUCCAGUCGUCAUUAACGAACUACUAUAAUUUGGUGGCCGAUCAGCAUUUUGAUAGAGAGACUACUUCUGAAUAUGAUAUUACAAUAAUAGCUACCGACUCAGGGUCUCCUCCUCUCUCUAGCUCCGUCACGUUGCAACUUAGAAUCUCUGACGUAAACGACAACGUGCCAUUGUUCGACAAAAACUCCUAUUCCGCUUACGUCACAGAGAAUAAUUCCCCUGGCGUGUCAAUCAUUACUGUCAGCGCGCGGGACUCUGACUGGAAUCAGAACGCCAGGAUCUCGUAUUUCCUGGAGGACACACAAAUCAACGGUAAUCCAGUGUCUAACUAUGUGUCCAUAAACUCUGAAACAGGGGUUUUACACGCGGUACGUUCAUUUGAUUAUGAACAACUCAAAGAACUUCACCUCACUGUGAAAGCGCAGGAUGGAGGCUCCCCUCCACUCAGUAGCAAUGUGACCGUGAAAAUAAUGAUCCAGGACCAGAACGACAACCCUCCUCAGGUUCUGUACCCAGUCCAGACCGGUGGCUCUCUGGUGGCAGAAAUGGUGCCUCGUUCAGCAGAUGUGGGCUAUCUGGUCACUAAAGUGGUGGCUGUUGAUGUGGACUCUGGACAGAAUGCCUGGCUCUCCUAUAAACUGCAGAAAGCCACAGACAGGGCGCUGUUUGAAGUGGGCUUACAGAAUGGAGAAAUAAGAACUAUCCGCCAGGUGACUGAUAAAGAUGCUGUGAAACAAAGACUGACUGUUAUAGUGGAGGACAACGGGCAGCCCUCUCGUUCAGCUACAGUCAUUGUUAACGUGGCGGUGGCGGACAGCUUCCCUGAAGUGCUGUCAGAGUUCACUGACUUUACACACGACAAGGAGUAUAAUGACAACCUGACUUUUUACUUAGUGUUGGCUCUGGCUGUAGUUUCCUUCCUCUUCAUCACGUGUUUAGUGGUUAUUAUAUCAGUGAAAAUCUACAGAUGGAGACAGUCUCGCAUCCUGUAUCACUCCAAUCUCCCUGUGAUUCCAUAUUAUCCACCGCGUUACUCAGACACUUUGGGGACAGGGACUCUCCAACACGUGUACAAUUACGAGGUGUGCAGGACGACUGACUCCAGAAAGAGUGACAUGAAAUAUAUGCAACCGAUGAGUCAAAGUUUAGUGAGUGUGGAUGGAGAUGGGGCUGAUACACCGCAGGUGGAAAAGCAACUGUCAGGCAACUGUUCGCUAAUGUCAACUUUGGUGAGUAACAUAAUCGUUCGUUCUCAAUUUAAUCGUUGUUCUUGCUUUUUUCAACAUUUUAAUUUAGAGCAAAUGGCACGUUUAUGGCUGUCAAUAGCGCCUCAGUGUCGCUGUCCAUGGUGCUGGGAGGGUCGAUUAGUGAAUUUUGUUGCGAUGUUCUUCAUGCCAAGUUUUACCAGGUAAUAUAUCAAUAUAUUUU